UAAACAGCUGAUAAAUAGAUAAGACUGAAAUGUUCACAUAAUACAUAAUAACGAGUUUUAAAUUUGUUGAGGGAUUUGCUAUUGAUAUUGAUAAUUAGCCGGUAACAAUGCAAUUGCAAAAAACGCAGUUAUUAGCAUGGAAAAUUCUCAACCAUGGCAAACGAUUUGUAAAUACAAGUAUGACAAGAGAGAAGAGUUUUCGAAAAGCUUACCAAGAGUUUUGGUCCCCAAAGCCUAUGAAUAAGCCUCCUUAUGAGCAUUUCACCCAAAUUGGAGAUCCAGUUUUACGUACAAAAGCAGCAGAAGUGCCUGAAGAACUAAUAGGCAGUAAAGAAGUGGAACAUAUUGUUGAAAAGAUGAUAAAAGUCUUACGAAAAUUCGAUUGCGUUGGUGUUGCCGCACCACAGAUUGGAAUUUCGCUUCGUAUAAUUGUAAUGGAGUUUCGCGAAGGCUUAAAAGACAUAUUACCAAAACCUAUUUACGAUGCUAGGAAAAUGUCUACACUGCCAUUAACAGUUGUAAUUAAUCCAACUUUGACUGUUACUAACUAUGAAAAGCAUAAACAUCCGGAAGGUUGCAUGAGUGUACGAGGUUAUUCUGCAGAAGUGGAACGCUUUAAUUCGGUUCUGUUUAAAGGAAAAAAUCUCAACUGCAUAGAAAAUGAAGUAGAAUUAAGCGGCUGGAACGCAAGAAUAGCGCAGCAUGAAAUGGACCAUUUGGACGGAAAACUUUACAUCGACCGGAUGGAUAGUUCAACUUUUAUUUGUACAUGUUGGGAAACAGUUAAUGCUAAAAGUGGACGAGUGGAGAUACCAUUCUACAAAUAAGUUUCCAUAUCUACAACAGUCGAGUCAAUGUAACCGGAACAGACUGCUUUAUAUGCUGCAAAGAAAAAUAAAAGCUUUGUGUUAUAAAGUUGUUAUAGUUAGCAAAAAAAGAUACGCCUUUAAUAUUGUACAGAAUAAAGUUUGAAAAACAUGGAA